GCUGCAGACACCACACGCAGCCCUGCUGUUGAGAAGGGGAGGCCAAGUCUAAAACUCCAGAAACCUGAUUCAGAACAGACCCUCCCUCGCCUGCUGGCUUCCUAGUUUCCCUGCAGCCCCCAGGGCUACUGGCAAGAAGUCCCCUCCCAUGAAGCCCUCAAAGGCAUCCCAGCGCUACAGAAGCAUCCGGAGAAAUGCCAGCCAGCGCUACCUCUACCAGGAGUCCCUGUUGCUCAGUAACUUGGAUGACAGCUUUAAUACUGAUGAAACAGGGGACAGCAGUGACCCGGAACAAAUCUUCCAGAACAUACAGUUCCAGAAAGAUCUCAUGGCAAAUAUUCGCUGCAGACCAUGGACCAUGGGACAGAAGCUGAGGGCGCUGAGACGAGCAAAGGAGAUUGUGCUGAAGUUUGAAGGGAGGCUGACCAGGACCCGAGGCUACCAAGCAGCAGGUGCAGAGCUGUGGCGGAAGUUUGCUCGUCUGGCCUGUAAUUUUGUGGUUAUCUUCAUCCCCUGGGAAAUGAGGAUAAAGAAAAUCGAGAGUCAUUUUGGGUCAGGUGUGGCCUCCUAUUUCAUAUUCCUGAGAUGGUUAUUUGGGAUUAACAUUGUGCUCACAAUUAUGACAGGUGCUUUUAUUGUCAUUCCAGAGCUGAUCGCUGGCCAGCCCUUCGGAAGCACAGCCAGGAAGACCAUCCCACCGGAGCAGGCUGCAUCAGCCCACGACCUGGACACCGUCUGGUCCCUUGGGGGCUACCUCCAAUACUCUGUCCUCUUCUACGGCUACUACGGCAGGGAGAGGAGGAUUGGACGAGCUGGCUACCGUCUGCCCCUGGCCUACUUCCUGGUGGGGAUGGCCGUGUUCGCUUACAGCUUUGUCAUUCUUUUAAAAAAGAUGGCGAAGAACUCCCGCAUGAGCCUGGCCAGCGCGUCCAGUGAAAACUACACCUUCUGCUGGCGGGUGUUCUGCGCCUGGGACUACCUCAUCGGGAACCCGGAGGCUGCGGAGAGCAAGACUGCCGCUGUGGUCAACAGCAUCAGGGAGGCUAUCCUUGAAGAACAGGAAAAGAAGAAAAGCAAAAACCUGGCUGUGACCAUCUGCCUGAGGAUCAUUGCUAAUAUCCUGGUGCUGCUCUCACUGGCCGGGAGCAUCUAUCUCAUCUACUUUGUGGUGGACAGGUCUCAGAAGCUGGAGCAGUCGAAGAAGGAGCUGACACUCUGGGAAAAGAAUGAGGUGAGCGUGGUGGUGUCCCUCGUUACCAUGUUGGCCCCGUCUGCCUUUGACCUCAUCGCUGCCUUGGAGAUGUACCACCCCCGGACCACGCUGCGCUUCCAGCUGGCAAGGGUCCUCGUGCUGUAUCUGGGAAAUCUCUACAGUUUGAUCAUUGCCCUCCUGGACAAAGUGAACAGCAUGAGCACUCAGGAAGCAGCCUCAAAAAACAACGCAAGUGCUUUGAUGGAUUCUGCCACUUUCUUUGCCACUGGGCCAUCCCCUGGAGAAGGGAGAUGGCCCAUGCCUGGGUCUGGAGCAGGGGUCGGGACAAAUGACACUUGGGUCUUGGAGGAGACAAGGGUCCCCAUGUACACGGUGCCACUCAACAAGGUUAACAAGACCAUGCUCCACAACCAGAGUCUGCAAGGCCAGUGCUGGGAAACAUACGUGGGCCAGGAGAUGCUGAAGCUGUCCAUCAUCGAUAUGCUCUUCACUGUGGCCAGUAUCCUGCUGAUAGACUUCUUUCGAGGACUUUUCGUUCGCUACUUAAGUGAUUACUGGUGCUGGGACUUGGAAAGCAAGUUUCCUGAAUAUGGGGAAUUCAAAAUCGCUGAGAAUGUGCUACAUUUAGUCUACAACCAAGGAAUGAUUUGGAUGGGCGCCUUCUUCUCUCCCUGCCUGCCCGCGGUCAACGUCCUCAAACUCAUCGGGCUCAUGUACCUGAGAAGCUGGGCAGUGCUCACCUGCAACGCACCCCACCAGCAGGUGUUCCGUGCCUCCAGGUCCAACAACUUCUACCUGGCCAUGCUCCUGUUCAUGCUGUUUCUGUGCAUGCUGCCCACCAUCUUUGCUAUCGUCCGGUACAAGCCAUCCCUAAACUGUGGACCCUUCAGCGGACAAGAGAAAAUCUACGAUAUCGUGUCGGAAACAAUUGAGAAUGACUUUCCCGGGUGGGUCAGUUCCGUGGUCGGGCACCUUAGCAGCCCUGUGGUCAUCCUGCCUGCUGUGCUGCUGCUGUUCAUGCUCAUCUAUUACCUGCAGAGCAUCGCACGCUCCCUGAAGCUCAGCAACCAGCAGCUCAGAGUGCAGAUCCAAAAUGCAAGAUCUGAAGACAAGAAAAAGGUUGCCCAGCUGGUAGAAGCUCGAAUCCAGACUCAGGAGGAAAGCUCCAAGAGGCUUCCAAAGGACAGCGACUUUGCACACAUGGUGACAUCCCUGAACAAUGGCACUGUGGUCAGCUUUGACUCCCUGAGCAUCGAGAAUGGCAGAAUAGAGACCAUCACUGAGCCUGUGCCCCAGAGCCCUGGGCUGGGCCACAGGGGUCCCUGCUCACCUCUUCCUGGCACGUCCAAGCCAAGGCCAGAGCGCCACACUGACAGGUGUCCACAGGGGCCAUGGGCCAGCACAGGGGACCUUCACCAGCACAGAGCCUGCACACCCGUGAUGCUGCCAGAGUACAUUGAGGAUAUACGGUCAGAACUCCUUUUCCAAAAAGACUUCCCGCCCAUCUACCCUCCUGGCCAUGGCCCAGGGGUGUCAGUCUUGGAAGCACACGGUCAUAGACCCCACACCUCCAGGUACUACCUCAUGAAAGAGCGUGAUUCCCACCAAAAACCCCACCCAACUUUCUGGCCAGAAAGACGUUUCAGGAUGGAUGCUCCUGGUGACAUGGUGGAGGUGUACCCCAGGAACAUGCAGCAGCACGUGUCCCGGGCGCCCCUGCGGCCUGGCUCUCCACAGCUGAGUGAGGAAGAGGAGGAAACACCAAGGAGAGCUGGGGGCCAACGGCCUCUUGCCCCUCGCUCCCUGACGGACCUCCAUCAGGCUCCUCAUUUUUACAUUGGUGAGAGGUCCAAAAGCCGGACCCAAGAUCCUAGGCCCUGGGGAAGGAGGCGCUGCAAGUCUGGGGGUGACGGUUUUGAGAGUCAAGCUGCCAGGCCCGUGUCUAUGCCCAAGAGGCCCUGCUCCAGGAACGGGCAGCAUCCACAGCACCCUCCGCAGCCCCGGGCCCGGCCCAAGGUGGAGCCGCUCUUCACAGAUUCAGACUCCUUGUCAGUGGUGUCCAGCAGUGACCAGCAGAACAGCAGCACUGACCAGUACCUGCAAGUCACCCGCCGCCAGGGCAGGCUCCUGAGGGCCACAGGGCAAGCUGGCCGGAAGAAGGCCAAGUCCAGGCGGGCGCUGCCCACUGAGCUGGAUGGCCUGGUCUGUUCCAACGUCUAGGCUUCCUCCUAGAACCUCUUCACUGGGCCUAUAAGCCACCACUCAGCCCUUCUGGAGAGAAGACUACUGCUGGACACCAGAGGUUAUGCGGGGCAUUCAGCCACACCCGUGGCUGGGUCUCAAACUGCAUGCUGAUUCUAUCGCAAACAGGCACAAGUGUCAUUUCUGAGCACCUCCUGUGUCCAGCACACAGGAGCUCAUCAUUCCAAGACAACACAGGCAAGCCAGAGAGCUCAGCCCACCAUGGAAGCCCAGACCCUCUUCUCCCUGAAACAAUGUGUGCAUGCCGUUUGUACGUGAGGUGUCCUAUGUACAAGGACCACUGCUCCUGAACAAGCACCAGAAAUGAAAAUGAGGGCUUCAUAGCGCUUAGUGAGUAAUGAAAAGUCAAGUAACAAGAAGAGGAAUGAAUUGACAAGAGCUUCUUUUACUAUAUACUGGGCUGUGUGUCCUUAUUAAUUAGAACUAAGCUUGCACAGAAUCCAAGUUUUAUCCCUAAGUGUAUCGACCUUUUAACUGGGAAAGAUGGAGAUCAAAACCCAGGAAUGGGUUCAGAGGAGGCAGCACACUGAAUAUCUCUGGAAUUACCUGUCUUUUCUCCGCUCUGCUGUCCCUGAGCUGCUCUAGCUCGUUUCUCCUAGGCCACCAGCUUCCUCCAUGUGGCAGGCAGAGGAGGAUUUCACAGCUCCAGAAAACAGCCGGUUUGCAGCACACAGCCAGAAAGCCUGGGAGACAGAGCUGAGCGCUCAGUGUGCUGCUGCCUGCGGCCCUCUGACUGGCCUUAUGCAGGUCAGCAGGUGCUGAAUCUGCCACAGUAACCAGGACUGGGUCCUGAUCCAUAGUUCCAUAGAACACUUUUCAUUCUAAUUGUGUCUUCCCAACAAUCUGCCUCCUCAACCAUACUUUGUCUUUGGAAUAAAAAUGGCAUUUUUUUUCACUGCUGCAUCCCUUGUGACAGACAUAUAAUAGAUUUUCUAUUUGUUUUCUAUUGCUCCUGUGAGUCAAAAUAAUGACAGAGACUUGCUGAAGAUUAGGUUUCUUCUUUCAUAGCAGGCAUUGUGAUGGGAAUCCAAAUGACACAGUAGACUCUGUGUGUAUUCAAAAUUUAAGGCAAAGGAAGCUUUUAAAAGCAAAAUGAGGAUUCCAUAGGUGGUCCUAAUCAACCACCCUUGGCUAAGGGAUAGGUAAUACCAGCCCAAGGUUAGAUGGGCAGUGACUGGGCCCUUGCAGAAAUACUGUUAGUGCUUGGCUGCGGUUCUGGUGUAUUUUGUGACUAGUUCACUACCAGCUCCCUGUGCUCGAGAUCCCUUCCUUUACAACCUCCUGGAUUUAUCUACUUUCUCUUUAGGGCCUGACACAAGUUGCUCCAGUUUGAUUUGGACAGUGACUAGCUGAGUGCCUUGAACAAUACACACACACAUAGUAUCCCCACAGUUUCCAUGGUGAGGAGUCCAGGUGUGGCUCAUCCCAGGUGUGGCUCAGCCAGUCCUUUUCUCGGGGUCUCAGCAGGUUGUAACCAGGGCAUCAGCCUGACUAGGAUUGCAUCUCAAGUUUAAGGUCCUCUUUCCAGCUUAUGUGUUUAUUGGCUGAAUGCUGAAUGACUUUCCUUCAAGUUCUAGGACAAAGGUUAUAUCACCUCUUAGAGGCUGCCCACAUACCCCCACCAUGUGUCCCUCUACACGUGGUUGGUUGUACCUUCACUGUCUGAAAGUGAAAGUUCUCUUCAGCUUUUGAUUUCUUUUUCCAGGGAAGGUCCAGACUCUCUUUUUAAAAGGGUUCACUUGAGUCAGCCAGGAGAAACUCUGAUGAUUAACUGGAAGUUAACUGCUUGGAGACCUUGAUGCUAGCUUCAAAAUGACCUCACCUUACUAUCUACCACAACCCAGCGUGGGGUGAGAACUGACCAAACCCACCAACGCCAGCACAGCAGGAAGAGAGGCAAACGGGGAGUAGGGGCAGGGGAAUGCUGGAGGCCUGACAAAGAUAUUCAACAAACAUGGAAUUCAAUAUGGGGUAAAUGGUGAGUGAGCUGUACUGAUGACUGAAUCACAAAUAGCAUGCUCACUGGAUUAGAGGCCAAGAUACACGAUCACCUCUAACCAGACAGAGAAAUUUAGUCUAAUUAUUGCCAUUUUAAAAAUGCACACAGAUGAACACCCCUCCCUGGAUUCAUGAAAAGGAGUACCCCUAGUUUCAAAGUCUGGCCCUGAAAGAGGUGAGGCCAUGGGAUGUCCAUUGGUGACCGAGGUGCUGGUCUGUGGUGUGGCCUAGAGCUCACCGGGAUUCUGGGGAAGGCUGGUCCAACAGCCAGUUGCACAUAGCAGCACAUACCUGCGUAGAUGUAGGAGGAACCUCAUGAAGGUUAGAGGAUAAACCAGCUUUGGGAUGUUCCUAAGAAAACACAGUAACCAGAACAUACCCAGAACUGUAGGCACAAUGUUGCCAUAUGUACUACGCACCUUGGCACUUAGCAUUGGGCUGGCUUCAAUUUAGAAAAAUCUAAAAGAUACUGAUUAGUGUGACAAGCACCUGUGUUACUACUGGGAGGGUCAACAGUUGUUGAAAUUUUAUUUUAUUCUCAUCUAGACAUUUUGUUAUUAUAUAAAAAGAAACCAUAACAGACAUAAUCAAAGUCCACAUUCACCCCACACUGAAUCUCAUUCCCCUCACACUGUCAGGAAGUUGGUAUGAAUCCAUCCAGUGGAACGCUUGUAGUUACAGAUGUGUUUGUGUAUAUAUAUGCAGAGGCAUCUGCAAACAAUAUCUAAAUACAUUUUACUCAAGUAAAUUCUGUUAUUCUGCAUGUAUCCUUGUAUGUAUGUUUUUGAUGUCUAUAGAUCUAACUCACUUAUGACUGCAGCAUACUAUGGAAUCAUGUGAAUAAAGUAUCUGAU